UAAAGACCGGUUGGCGGAUGGCGGCUGCGAGCAUCGGCGGAGGGUCGAAGCGCGGGCUGGAGGCCGGUGUCUGACCGACCGGUCGCACUCACCCCGCGGUGGGUAUGGCCUCUGGAAGAUCAGCCGUGUCCCUCAUGCGAGCUGUGCGAGUGGCUGAGUUCGGUGAGCCCUCAGUGCUCCAGCUGCGAUCGGAUGUUCCUAUUCCCAAACCAAGUGACAAUCAGGUGCUGAUCCGAGUCCAUGCGUGUGGCGUAAAUCCCGUGGAGACCUACAUGCGUUCCGGAUCCUAUGCGAGGAAACCAGCUCUGCCUUGGACACCAGGCCAUGAUGUUGGGGGAGUCAUUGAAGAAGUGGGGCAGUGUGUCACUACUUUCAAGAAAAGUGAUCGAGUUUUUACAAGUAAAACCAUUACUGGUGGAUAUGCUGAAUACACAGUCGCUUCGGAUGACUCUGUCUACCAUUUGCCGGAUAGUCUAAGCUACAAGGAAGGAUCAGCUAUUGGAAUCCCUUACUUCACUGCCUAUCGUGCCCUCCUGCAAAAAGCACAUGCGAGGGCAGGGGAGACCGUUCUGGUUCACGGAGCGAGUGGUGGGGUGGGGAUAGCUGCCUGCCAGGUCGCCAGAGCUCAUGGACUGAAGGUACUCGGUACAGCUGGCACUCCGGAAGGAAUGUGUCUGGUCGAAAGGAACGGAGCUCACAAGGCUUUUAACCACAGGGAGACUGGCUACACCAACCAGAUCAAGGAUUAUACAGGAGGUCGUGGAGUGAAUGUGAUCGUAGAGAUGUUGUCCAAUGUGAACCUGAGCAAUGACCUGCAGCUCCUGAGCAACGGAGGCCGAGUGAUUAUUGUGGGCUGCAGGGGCUCCAUUGAGAUAAACCCCAGAGACACCAUGGCCAAGGAGACCAGCAUCAUCGGCACUGCACUGAACACUGCGACCGAGGAGGAACUGCAGGAGACGGCGGCCGCCCUACUUGCGGGAAUGGAGGUGGGUUGGCUGAGGCCGGUGGUGGGGCCGGAAUUCCCACUGGAAAAGGCAGCCCUGGCCCACGAGGAGAUCAUGAAGGGUUCCGGAGCCAGGGGCAAGAUGAUUCUGACCAUGUGAUCCAUCAGUCCCUGGGGAGAGGAAACCGGAUGAUGUGUGUGACAGAAUGUUCCCAGUUGUGUUUGACAGGGGGUGGGGGAGAAGUGAGUUGGUUUGAGCACUCACACCGAUGCCUCUGCACGCACUUGUGUAUGCUUUACUUGAGUUGAACUGAAGGUUUUGGCUGCAGUCCUCCAGUUGGCAGUGUUGGCCCAACAACCUGGUCCCGCACUGAUGGGGAAGGAAGUGUGUGUAGUCGACUCGACUGCAGACACCAGUCUGGACUGGGUUUGUACUGACUGAGCCGAGAGUCCUGUCAGUGGGGGACAAUGCUGUCUGGAUGCUGUUGCCCUAUGUUGAAGCAGCCUUGCUUUCCACCAUUCUAAUGCUGCUCUUAAACGGGAGGCCCAGUGGGUGGACGGGAGUGGGCGAGGCAGUGGGACAGGCACCCUUGUAGUCACGGAGAAUGUACAAACUCCACACAGACUGCAGCAGAGGUCAGGAUUGUAUCUGGGCCUAUGGAGAUGUGGGGCAGUGGUGUUGACUGGUGCAUCAUGCUGCUACCCAAUAGACUGUUUCCUUGUGUGAAUUGAAGCAAGAUUAAUGUUCAAUAUUAUCUAAGAAAGAAAAAUGGGCUGGGUCAAUAAUGAGGACACAAAUUUAGUGUUUGACAGGAGGGGAGAGGAGGAGAAUGUUCCCACAGUGAGUUGGAGAUCUGGAAGCCACUGCCUGAAAGGUGAACAGAUUCAACAGGAACUUGUAGAGGGAACUGGAGAACUACUGGGAAAUGGGGAAUGUGCAGGAUGUGGGGC